CUUCUUCACUCAUAUUAAACGAUACCAAUUUAAAUCAAACCAACUAUUUUCCACCAGUUGAACUCCUAUCAGACCAAACACAUAAAGACACCAAAUCAACCAAGAUGUCCUCAAAAGCACCUAGCGAGGGAACCAAGGUCACCGCUGGCCGAAACGCCCCCGUCUCCAACGAGGCACCCGGAGUGGUAAGCCAGGGUUCACUCGCCGCAGAAUCACAAGCAUUCCGCCAAGCCAACCAGGCAGCGCCUCAGCAAGUUGGACGUGAGGACCUAACAUCCGCCUCAAAGCCUCACGAGGGCGGCAUUCAUAAAGCUUCCAGCACCAACAAAUCAGGCCCCGGUCGCAGCAGCAACGUUGACACCGCGCCUUCGUACGUGCAGAGUCAGUUCCUGAAGGGAAAGGGAGGUCCGCACGGUAAGAAUUUGACCGAGGACGAUAGCAUCGGCACAGAGGAUAAGAACAAGAACGCGAGCUUCUCUGAGUUUGGCACUAAGAACGAUCCAGGACUGGCCGCUGAGAAAAAAUUCAUCUCUGGGUCAGCAAAUACCGGCUCUAAUGCCGGACGUGAGAAGCGUAUAGAUGAUCAGCAGCCGUAUGCUGCAUUGGGUGGAGAUACGCAGGCGUGAGGGAGUUGAAGUGAUAUAUCUAUAUAUUUUAAGAAUUAUUGAUAUUGGGAUAGAGGGAAAGGCUAUCUGAU